AUGAACGUGAACAAGCCCAACGACAGAGGCUACAUCGGCCUCGCAGACCACGGACUUAUCGGCAACCUCAGGACGGCGGCUCUGGUGAGUAUCUCUGCCGCGCACAUCUACUGCGUCCCCAACUUCGACUCUCCGUCGAUUUUCGCGCGUAUCCUGGACAAGGACAAGGGCGGCCACUUCUCGAUCACGCCGACCAUCCCGUUUACCACCAAGCAGAGCUAUCUCCCUAGUUCCAAUGUUUCCAGGUUUCUCAACGACCAAGGCGUAGCCACAGUAACAGACUUCCUCCCGCGCCAGCCAUCAAGUUCCACCACCCGACCAUUGCUAGCCUGGCUGAUCCGUCGCGUCGAGGUGAUCCGCGGCUCGCUGCCCCUGCGCGUCGAGUGUGCCCCAGCCUUCGACUACGCACGUGCCGCGCACACCACCGAGCUCAUCGCCGACGACUCGAUUCCGAGCAACUUUGCCGCGGCGAAGGCACCCAGCAGGCACAACAAAGCCGUCUUCGCGUCUGACGCCGCGAAGCUUUCCCUCGACCUGCGCUAUGUUGCAGAGUCGUCGCUCGACAACGUGGCCGACCCCGAGAUCGAGCUGGUGCUGCUUGAUCUCACCAAGAAGGGCCAUCUCGGGCCGGGCGUGAGCUGUGAUCUGCGCCUAACCGAGGGUCAGACUGUCACGUUCGUUUUGAGGAUCCCGCCGGAGAGUGAACAAUUUCAAUCUCCUGCAUCCCGUCCGACGCCUCAGAAGGCGCAGGAGCUGGGGGGCACCAACAAGUACUGGAAUUCGUGGAUCCGUCGUUCUACGUAUGAUGGGUCGUGGAAAGAAGCCGUGCAUCGCAGCGCACUCGCGCUCAAGCUCCUCAUUUACGAGCCAACGGGUGCCAUCGUAGCAAGCCCUACUUUCAGUUUGCCAGAAUACAUUGGCGGUACGAGAAACUGGGAUUAUCGGGCAUCGUGGAUCCGGGACUCGUCAUUCACGUUAUACGCGCUCAUCCGCCUCGGUUUCACUCACGAGGCGAACGCGUACAUGGAGUUCAUCUUCGAACGUCUGCGCAACAAGAAUCCCGACGGCUCUCUGAGUAUCAUGUACACCAUUCAUGGCGAGAAGCUCUUCCCAGAGGAAGAACUGACUCAUUUAGAUGGGCACAAAGGCUCGAAGCCUGUCCGUAUUGGAAACGGCGCUAUAGAUCACGUCCAGCUGGAUAUAUACGGCGAAUUAAUGGAUUGUAUAUACCUUUCGCAGAAGUAUGGCAAACCACUGUCCUAUGACACUUGGGUUGCCGUCCGAGAAAUUGUCGACUACGUUAUUGCUAACCGCAACCAGCCCGAUCUGUCAAUAUGGGAAGUUCGCAACCGCCAUCGCCAUUUCACGUACUCGAAGAUCAUGAUGUGGGUCGCAAUUGAUAGAGGGAUACGGCUCGCGGAGAAACGCUCGCUUCCGUGUCCCAGACGGAACGAGUGGUAUGCUGCGCGAGACGCCCUUUACGAGGAUAUCAUGCAGAAGGCAUGGAACGCAGAGGAACAGUUCUUCGCACAAAGCUAUGAAGACCAAGAUGUGCUCGACUCGGCGUUGCUCAUCAUGCCGCUAGUCUUCUUCAUGACACCGUCGGAUCCUCGCUUCUUGAGUACCUUGCGCCGGAUUCUGCGGUCCCCGGAGCGAGGCGGUUUGACAUCCAAUGGGCUCGUCUAUAGGUAUGACGUCAAUAAGACCGACGACGGCGUAGGUGGCGAAGAGGGAACCUUCGGGCUUUGUACACUAUGGUGUGUUGAGGCGCUCGCUCGCGCGGGAGAGCACGACAAGACAAUGCACAUGCAAGCUGUUGGAAUGUUCGAGGACUUCCUCCAGUACACCAACCAUCUUGGGUUAUGCACCGAAGAGAUCUCCGCAGCUGGCGAAGCACUUGGCAAUGCAGUUCAAGGAUUCACGCACGUCACCCUUAUAUCUGCGGGGUACAAUCUGUCUCGGAUGCAAGCCAAGUUCAAGAAGGAAUGAAGCCCUAGACAUACACUAGCUUAUCAUUUGGGGUCAGUUGAAGGAAAACUGAUGCUCCAAAGGCCUCUAGUGUCAAGGAUAUUUCAACGUAACUAUCGCUGAACU